AUGUCAUUCGAAGAUCCUCGUGGUUCUCUACCACCUUCAGCGAUAUCAAUCCAUCCACUCACGCUGCAACCUAGCCGACGUUCGUUUCCCUCGCUGCCAAAGCCAAAGGCUAAGCAAUUCCGCCCAAGAAAGCCCCCAUGUUGUGACUGGAUCUUCUCCUCAGCUAGCAACAUUCACGUUGCCGUUGACAAGUAUUGGUUUAAGACUUUCACCCCAUUCGAUACCUAUGUCCUCACUGUGGCCGGCCAGAAGCAGAUCUCCGUCAGGGGUAUCGGAUCAGUCGACCUCAAGAUCAGAUGCAAGCCUAACAACCACCAAAGCCGCGUCAUUACGCUGGACAAUGUGCUCUAUGUACCUGGUUGGGUCUGCAAUAUCUUCUCCGAUUCUUAUUUCAUCCCAGAUCCAGAGGCAAACGAGAUGUUCGAACAUAAGUGGACUCAUCACGGAGUGUGUUUCACGAAGAGAACUAAUGGUAAGACGAAACCAUGGGGCUACACUGAAGACUUCUGUGGUCUUGACCGACUCAUACUCUCUCGCAAACCUCAUGGCCGAAGUCUAAUGCUCGAAGAUCCUGAUCGGGAAGAAGAGUUCCGAGCAAAAGAACUACAACGACUGGCGAAAGAGCAUGAAGCCGAGAUCCUAUCACAGCAGCGAGUAGGAGAAAAGCAAAGAUACACCGUUUCCACCGAAUUGCUGAUCCCGAAGAACAAUUCCCCAGGCGUACUCAAUCCCAAUUUGAAAAGUGCAUCGCCUGUGUCACAAUCUAACAUAUCAGUACGUUCCAAGUCAGAGAACAAUCUGGCAAAAGUCAUGGCUCAACAAGUUAGUGCUGCUAGUCUCGAUUUACAGCAGGCUGGUGUUCGGAUGAGCCUGAAUGAGAUCAGCAGUAACCGCGCAAUCACGAUGAGAAACGAUGACGGAGCUCGAGUGAGCAGUCUCAAAGCUUCGUUCACUGCGAAAAGAGGGCUACUGAAAGACUUCCUGGUAGCACAGCCUGAGAAGGAUUGA